GUGAAUGCCCUUCACGGUUUAUUUUCAGGACACAUGGUUCUUUCUACUGCGUUGGAACUGGACCUGCCUCUGACACCCCCUACCCAGACUGGUUUAACCCUGCUCUGGUUGUCUGGCACUCAGCUCCCUCUGGAACAACUGUCCCUGCUCCACAGACCAUCUUUAGUCUCACAGAGAGAUCAGCAGGAGAUGGAGCUGUAUGUCUGGAAAGCAGAGAAGCACCUCAACUGUGUACUGGGCUUUCUGUUGACUGAACCACAAACACACAAUCCAGCUGUGGAGUUCUACCCUGUGUCCAAUGCCCUGAAGGAGCUGAAUAAGGAGAUUUUGGUCUGUGUUCAUGCCAGCAGUGAUGCUAUCCUACAGUCACAGAUGCUGUGGGAGAAAGGAGUACCUGGGUUGUGUUUUAGCUGCUGUGAGUUCACAGAGAACCUGACCUCUGGAUCUUCCAGCACCAAGGAGCCUACCAUGGAAGACUUCACAGCACUGUCUCCUGAACACAUUGAAAAUAUUCUGACAGCACAGGAAAAGGAUAGUGUGCCCGAAGUGUCAAUCAAAGGGGUGAAAUCCAUCUUGAAGAAAGGAGUUCCAUCAGAUCAACCAGCAAUACCUAUGAACUUUGAUACGUCGACAUGUGCUGUCAGAAAAAAUAAAGUCAAUGUUGUAAGCCAAGUUCAUCAGAGCUUCAUGGUCCUAACUAAUGAAAAACAAAUAGAAACCUCUGCGCUGCUGCCAGCAGUUAGUGUUUCCAAUUCAACGGCCAAAGAGACAUUUUUAGUAUGUGAAACCACAUUCCUGGAUCUGAAGGACACUUCCAGCCAUGUAACCAGACCUGCCAGCUGUAACCAGAGCCAACCCAGUUUCUGCACUUCCUUUGGUGCUGAACGUGCCAAAUCCGCCCAUCUUUUGUUGAGAAACAAUAAGAGGAGUCUCCUGGCAGAGAAAGAUCCAGACCCUCUGUCCACCUUUAUGAUGCUCCGGUCCCAGCAGACAUCCCCUGACCCUGUAUUACCCCAGCCAUGCCCCGGAUACACAGAAGGACCAAGAGUGCAGCAGCCAACUCCAGCAAAACCUCAGUCACACCAUAUCCUGGGACCCCACGGCUGGCCCAUGGUGAGGACUGGGUUUGUCGCAAGUCACUCAGCCCAAGUCCAAGAGACAGAGGCUCAACCGCCCAGUCAGGCCCUUCCUGGUCCCCCGCUUAUUCAGGACAGACAGGAAGGAAGAGUUGCAUGUGUUGAAGCCACAGAGAGUGUGUGGCGUGCGUACUGUGAGCUGUUGGCCGUCGCCCAGCCCAGUCUGUCCAGGGCCAGGGAGCUGGGGCUCAGCUGCCCGGCCUGGGGAGACUUCAGCAGCAUCACCCCUGACCAGACCCGCUUCGUCCUCAGACAGCAGGAGAAGGAGCUCUGCAGGCAUCAAGGAGAAGUUCAGAGAGAUAAAGAGCUGCUGUUCAACCAGACGGCCCUGAUCCAUGUUCUGGUGACCUUCAAAGACAUGAUGCUUCAGUGUGACCUCAUCACAGCUGUGGAGUACCUGACCCAGGCUGCCAUAGCGUGUUCAGGCCAGCGCCUAGAGCAGCUGGUGAAGCGACUGCAGGUGGUGGUUUAUCUCAGCCACCGGAACCAGGAGCCCAACCCCAAGCUUCUGGAGCUGCAGGAACAGCUGCUCUCGUGGCUCCAGAGCAGACACAGCUCCUCGGACAAGGUGCUAAUCUUAACAACAGUUGAUAGUGACACCACAGCCACAAUAGUGCAAGCCCUGAACCAAGCUACAGGUGAAGCUGCUACUGCAAUUGGUCCCGAGGAGGGCCAGCCCAAGCUUAAUGGCGCCACGGUGACCAACAGUGUGUGUGGGGUGGUGUGCGUUGUGGCGUGUGGUCAGCACAUAGGAGCAGACUUCCCCUGGCCGAGCUUCUCCCUGGUGGUGGAGUACGACCGCCCGGGACAUUCCCCGUGGGGAGCACUCUGCAAGGAGAAGAACAUCCAUCAUCUCUGCCUCCUCACCAGCCUGCCCCGCCGGGAGGUCCCGUCAGCCUGUCUGGAGGAAAGCGUACCAUUUGUGCUGCUGGUCACAGAUGGACUCCUGAACAGCCCUCUGCUCCUCCAAACACUGGAGACCAGACACAACAUCAGUGUUUUGGAGCGGAGCUACUCACCAGCUCUGCAGUUGUUUGGAGGAACACAGCACUAUGUGAUUGUCACUGUCAAUGAAAGCACUGCAAUUGUUAUCCAGGACCAGGAGGAGCUGGGCCAUGCUGGCUACAGUGAGCGUUUUGUGAUGAGGCUAACUGCUCUGUCUCUACAGUACAGCCGCUGCUGGCUCAUCCUGCACUGUCCAGAUAGCAAGGCCGGAGGGUCUGCACACACACAAACAGACACACAGACAGAUAGACAGCCUUACUUUUUCUUUAUUAUAUAGAAUUGAUUAUUACUUUUACAUGCCAUUCACAUACACAAUUG